AUAAAAUCCUUUUUUUAUAUGGCCAGUGUGGGAAGGUUCUGCUUUUAAAUACCGUCAUCUGUUUCCUGUUUGAUUUUUACAACGUGAAUUAUUGUGAGGGAAAUAACACAAAGAAAACAAACAAUGCCGGAGAGCAAGGAAGAAAAGAUUCGGCGAUUAAACCAGGAGCUUGAGGAUUUCAUUGCAGCAGAAGUAGCAAAAUCCCAGGAAAAGACAGGCGAUGAAAAAAGUUUUGAAGAAAUUUUACAGGAAAUUGAGACCCAUCCUGCAUUUAUGAAAGAUGUGGACUACACAAAACCCCUCAGUAAAGAAAUGGAAGGACUGAUGCGAAUCAAAUAUGAACAGCAAGAUCCAACAUGUAAUGCUGAAGCUUUCAAGGAGGAUGGAAAUGUUGAAUUCAAAAAAAAGAGAUAUGACAUUGCUGUAGAUAAUUAUACUGCAGGGAUAAAGAUAAAAUGCCCAGACAAAACUCUCAACGCUGUACUGUACUCAAAUCGGGCAGCAGCUCAAUUCUAUAAACAAAAUUACAGAUCAGCACUUCAGGAUGCAAUCAUUGCUCGCAAAUUCAAACCAGACCACAUGAAGGCAAUUGUUAGAGGUGCUCAGUGUUGUAUGGAGAUGAAGAAAUAUGCUGAGGCCAGCUUAUGGAGUGAUCUUGGAUUAGCUAUAGAAGAGACAAACACAGUCCUUCUAGAAAUUAGACAGAAAGCAGAGAAGCUAAGGAGCAUACAAGAAAAGGAGAAAAGGAAAGAGGAGGCCAAAGAGAGAAAGGAAUUGGCAGAGCACAAAAAACUGAUUACAGCAAUAAAGAGUCGGGGGAUCAGGCUGGCCGGUCUAGCUGACAAAGGAUAUGACCCUCUCCUGUUUACAAAUGUAGAGCUUCACAACCCUAGUGGAGCCAAGGUUUACGUUGACGCCGAAAACACUCUGCACUGGCCUGUUUUGUUCAUGUAUCCUGAGCACACUCAGACAGACUAUAUAGAGGACUUCAAUGAAAACCACACGUUUGAGGAUCAUAUCUUCCACAUGUUUGGACCAGAUGUACCUCCAGCCUCGUGGGAUUUGGAUAAGAAGUACAAGCCUGAAAAUUUAUUGAUCUACUAUGAAGACAAAGAGAAGACCACCCUACAUCAGAUAUCCCCAUCGUGUACUCUGCUGGAAGCUCUUCAAAACAAAUGGUUCUUAGUAGAUGCUGGCACUCCUUGUUUCAUCAUCCUUGUGAACAACUCUCGAUUUCAGCAACAUUUUAUCAAAGAGUACACUGUAAUUCCAUCAUAAAUUCAAAAGUCAAUAAAAUGUUUUACAUGUU